AUGGAGAAAGUCGCGCAGAUUCUGCACUGGAACAAGAAUUGGAUCAAUGAGGAUAUGGCCCUGUUCGUGACGCGGAGCUCGAGAGUGCAUCUCUUUCGCAAGGCUGAAGAGCAGAAUAUCGUUCUGUGGCAGGGUGUCAAUCUGUGCGUUCUGGCCGCGCCCAUGGAGUGGGCGUUGGAGAGGAAGCUGAGGAGGAUUCACCAUACGGACCGGGGCCGGAAGACCAGUCACGAUAUGCAUGAUGCGAUUGCCAUGUUAAAGCAUCUAAGGGAUAAAAAUGGAGGGCCGUUGGACAAGAAUUAUAUCGCGGGCAUGAAUUUGAAUACGUUCGACGUGCUUCCGGAUGAUACGACCAUGAGUCGGGUCGAGGCAGAGUACCAACAGACUUUUAACGAGAAGAUAUUCCAAUAG